AUGAAGUGGCUGGUGGUGGCCUUGGUGUGUCUCCAACUCUUGGAGGCAGCAGUGAUCAAGGUGCCGCUGAAGAGAUUUAAAUCCAUUCGUGAGAACCUGAGGGAGAAGGGCCUGCUGAAGGACUUUCUGAAGACCCACAAGCAUGAUCCCGCUCUCAAGUACCGCUUCGACGACUUCAGCGUCACCUAUGAGCCCAUGGACUACCUCGACGCUUCCUACUUUGGAGAGAUCAGCAUCGGAACUCCACCCCAGGACUUCCUGGUCCUCUUCGACACUGGCUCCUCCAACCUGUGGGUGCCCUCUGUGUACUGCCAGAGCGAGGCGUGCACCACCCACAGCCGCUUCAACCCCAGCAAGUCCUCCACCUACUACACGGAUGGGCAGACCUUCUCCCUGGAGUACGGCAGUGGCAGCCUCACCGGCUUCUUCGGCUAUGACACCUUCACUAUCCAGAGUAUCAAGGUCCCCAACCAGGAGUUUGGCCUGAGUGAGACCGAGCCAGGCACCAACUUCCUCUACGCGGACUUCGACGGCAUCCUGGGACUGGCCUACCCCGCACUCUCUGUGGAUGACGCCACCACAGCCUUGCAGGGCAUGCUGCAGGAUGGCGCCAUCAGCAGUGACGUCUUCAGCUUUUACCUGGGCAGCCAGCAGGGCACGGACGGAGGUGCGCUCAUCCUUGGGGGCGUGGACAGCAGCUUGUACACAGGGGACAUCUACUGGGCCUCUGUCACCCGGGAGCUGUAUUGGCAGAUUGGCGUUGAAGAGUUCCUUAUCGGCGGUGAGGCCUCUGGCUGGUGUUCUGAGGGCUGCCAGGCCAUCGUAGACACAGGCACGUCUCUGCUCACUGUGCCCCAGGCGUACCUGAGUGACCUGGUGGAGGCCACAGGCGCUGAGGAGGACGAGUAUGGAGAGUAUUUUGUGGACUGUGACAGUGUCGACAGCCUGCCCACCUUGACCUUCAUUAUCAACGGCGUGGAGUUCCCUCUGUCCCCCUCCACCUACGUCCUCAGUGUGAACGGCCAAUGCAUGCUGGGACUCGAGGCCACCUACGUGUCCUCCCAGGAUGGCGAGCCACUGUGGAUCCUCGGAGAUGUCUUCCUCAGGGCCUACUACUCCGUCUUCGACAUGGCCAACAACAGGGUGGGCUUCGCUGCGCUCGCCUAA